AUGGCGGAAAGUGCUCGUCAGCGAUUGACUGUGCCACCAGGUGCAGAUUCCCUUGGAUCAAUGCGAAAAUCGGGAGCUAUCGCCCAAAGAUCGUCUCAAUCUCGACAGUCUCAGUACCUUUCCAGGUUGACUGAUUUUCAGCAAAUGGAUAUCCAGAGUGCAUUGGAUCAAAUGAAGACUCUUCUGUCCACUCGUCCACAUGUAGUGUACAAGACUUCCUAUUAUCGAAAGCAAACGAAGAAUCACUGGGCACGGGAUGAUCCCGCAUUUGUUGCCCUCCAAUUUGUAUUUCUUGUGAUUUCAAGUGUUGCCUAUUCCAUCGCAUUUCGGGCACCAUUCACAGGAGUGAUCUCUUUCAUGCUGUAUUCCAUUUUCCUGCACUGGCUAGCGACUGGCUUUAUUGUAGCUGCAAUUGGACGAGAAAUUGCUAAUCGGCAUUUGACGGAUCAUAAGUCGUCCAGUCAUGUUCGGCAGACAGUGGAAUGGCUGUACGCAUUCGAUAUUCAUUGCAAUGCUUUCUUCCCAGUCUUCGUACUACUCUACGGGGUUCAAUUUUUCAUGCUCCCUCUUGUUCUGGGAAAAUCAUUGUUUGCAAUGGUCGUCAGCAAUACAUUAUAUGCUGCGGCGUUUUCUUGGUACUGGUACAUUACACAUCUCGGAUACCGCGCCCUUCCGUUUCUGUCACAGACGGAAGUUUUCCUUUUCCCCAUCGCGGCGAUUGGAUUAGUCUAUAUACUGAAUUUGGUUGGUUACCCUUUUGGGUUAGGCUGGAAUGCGUCUCGAAUUCUGACGCAUCUUUAUUUUGAUUAA